GAACGACUAGACUACACCAAUGGCAUUCCCCAGAAGAUUACCGCCUUGGAGCACGUCCUGGACAUCAACUCGCAUCUCGUCGGACAAGUCGGUAUGAUCCAGGUGGCCGUGCCAAGCAGGCAGAGUGUGCAAGACCACCAGGAUCUGGCGACGAAUCUCCAUUGCCAGGUCGAAGCGCUGAACCAGAAAUACGCGUCGAACGACUACAGAUUGGUCCAUUUAUUGCAUCAAAGCGUACCGUUUGACCAGCUCAUCACCAUGUACUCCGCCUCGGAUAUCUGCUUUGUGUCGUCGAUCCGGGACGGCAUGAAUCUGGUCUCGUACGAGUACGUGGCGACCCAAUGCGAGAGAAAGGGUGUCCUGCUUCUCUCCGUGUUCGCUGGUGCCGCUGAGCAACUGCGUGGAAGCGUGCUGUUCAAUCCCUGGGACACCGACGGCACCGUCGAGGCUUUGCGCCAGGCCGUCAUCAUGGGUGCCGAUGAGCGUAGUGCCAAUGAGCAGACAUCCGAAGAUUACGUCCUUCAGAACUCGA